AUCGAUUUCUUAAACAGGUGGUAGCAUUGUAAGGAAAAAAUUAAUUUAGCCGAGGUGCAAUGAGAAAUUAAAUAACUCACAAAAAUAUUAAUUUUAUGAUUAAUUAGUGAAGCUUUUAAAAGGUGAAUUUUAUAUCAUGGCUUCGGUACGUAUUCCAAAGCAAAAAGUAAUACUGUGCGGAGAUUAUGGUGUUGGGAAGAGUUCAUUGUUUCGUCGGUUCACCAAUGACACAUUUGUAACAGAUACAGAUCGGAAAUCUACACUAGGCUUGGAUCAUAUAGACCGUGACUAUACUGUCGGUGAUAAACAAAUCAAGCUACAACUCUGGGAUACUGGUGGUAUGGAACGUGUUGCAUCUGUUACCUCAUCUUACUACAAAUUCGCCGAAGGUGCCAUAUUAGUAUUUGCAAUGGAUAAUGCCGCUUCUUUUCAUUCCUUGUCACAACAUCUUCUCGACAUUGUUACUUAUGCUGAAAAUGCGAAAAUUUUUAUUUGUGGUAAUAAGAGCGAUUUGGCAGGGCGUGAGCCACAGGUGAGCGAUGCUGAAGUCGAAGCAUUUUGUGAACAGUGCCACAGUUUAAUUAGUGCCACCUAUAAAACUUCUUGCAAAACAUCGGAGGGCGUUGAAGAAAUGUUUCGCGAUAUAUCCCGUAUUCUCGUUGAUGCCAAUCGCUCUAAAAUGGAACUACAAGCUUUGGAACAACAUAGUUUCAAAAUCGACUCAGCUGCUGAAGCCGAUACGAAUGAAGAAAGCUCACAAUGUAUUUGCUAGCAAAUGGGGAAUGUGGAGUUCGGCUAAGUAAAAAGGGAAACGAACUUCAUCACGAGGGAAAGGAGGUGUUAGAAAGCUUUAUAAGCGUAUCUAUGUAUAUUUAUUUAUUUAUUGUUUUGAUUGUUUUGAUAAUAAGAACCUUUUUUCGUUAGUACGAAGCCGAAUACUAGUCGUUUUAGGCUGUAUAAUUAAUGUUAGCGGUCGCAAACGUCUCUAAAAUGAGUGAUUAAGAGAAAUAAUAAUUACUGUGUCACAACAAUUAAAAACAUUUUAACUUUAUUUAGUUUAUAUUGGUACUUUUUGUUAUAAUCCGUCCAAAAGUUUAAGUUCCAUGGCUUUUUAAAAGGGCUUUUAACACGCAAGAAUUUCGACGAAGAAGAACACCAAAUCUUAUCAUGACUAUUUAUAUGUUGCCAUAACUGGCUUAAAGGUGUAUGUAUACUGUUUUUAUAAAUAUAUACGAAAGUAAAGUAUA